AUGUCUGUCCUUUGUUUUGGGGCUGUCAACGCGGGCGCCGGUGGCGGGCGGCAGCCGGUUGUGGCGUCUCCCUCGGUCUGGGCGGCGCUGGGAAGUGCGAGAGAGCGAGCGGAGAUAGAGGCGCGGUUUGUGUCGACAAGUGGCCUGGCAACAGGCUGGCAUCGCGACUUGUACCGCGAUGACGAGUCCGCGCGUGAGUUGUUGCUGAGGCUGAUGCCUGCACCGCACUGGGCGGCGGCGUUGGCCACUUUGGAGCCGGCGCAUUUACAGGAGAACGACGUCUUUUUGUUGGAGGCGGCCGCCGCGCUUCGGUUGCACGUGAACAUGCCGCUGCAGCUGGCUCUGGAGCGUCCGGCCCUGGAAGCGGCGUGCGCGGAGCUGGAUGAAGUGUUCUGGGUCGCCGACAACCCGUCCCGCCGCCUCUUCAACUGGGUCACGGCCUGCCUGCUGCGGCACGCUAUCGAGCUGGGUAAGUGCUGUGAGGCAUCGGACCCUGCCGGGGUCUGGGCAAGGGAGUAUCGGCGGUGCCUGCACGGGACGAUCCAGCAGACGGUGCACCAGGCGCUGGGGCUGCAAGACUUCGGCGCGGACCCCGAGUGCGUGCGCGCACGCACGCGGUCGUACGCCGCGCACGAGUUCGUGCAGGCAGCACGCCCGAAGAUCGAAGGGCACUCGACGCUCUUUAGGCGGAGAAACCCGCGCACGGCCUGCGCGACAGAGUUCGUGCGCAUGACGUCGGUGGCGACGCACCCCUGUUUCUUCACGGACUCCGUCGCGCGCAUCGAGCACCUGCUGCCGUCCGACCAUUUCCUGCGCGACCAACGCAAGGCGGCCCGCGCGCUCUACACGCUCUUCACGCCAGAGGAACGCUCCGCGCUGCGCAGCUUCCUCAACUGGCUGGACGAGCAGGAGCAGCAGACGCUGCCUGAGCUGGUGCGGCUGGCCACCCCCGGUCCCAUCGAGGACCCGGAGAGGGUCGUGGAAGAGGCGGGGCUGGCGACCUGCAGCUCUGUGUAUCUGCGACUGGCGGAGGUGCUCUGUCGGUUCUUCUACCUGCCGUUUGGGAGCGUGACUGCGAGAGUGCAUGCGGCACUACAGCAGGCCGCGCUCGGGCCGCUGCCGUGGCCGAGGGGCGGGACGAUACGGCUGGACGCUGCGGAGGUGUGGCUGACGGCCUGUUUGCUGGGGCACGCGCGCGUGGACCCCGGGAAGGUGCGCGACUUCUGCAGCACACACCUGUGCGCGUACGGGCUGCCCGGGCUGACGGACGAGCCCGUGGAGGCCGUGAUGGGCUCGUUCGCCGAGUACAUCGCGCGCGAUGCCCGCCAUCGGUGGCAUCUCACUGAUCGUACUGUCUUACAGCACCGCCAACUGACCUAUCUGCGCGAAGCCCAGCUGCGGAGAUGGAGGACUCUACUCGAACGCCGCCGGCAGACGUCCGACCCCGAGGAGGCACUGGCGGUCCGUGCUGCUAAGGCGGACCGGACACAGCGCCGGAAAACGGAAGAGGGGCUAGCGCAAGCAAUUCGGACGGAGGCGGAAGACGCGUUAGCACAAGCAAUCCGGCCGGCGGAGGUGCCCCGGACGCAGAAGCCGGACGCGGAAACCGCCCGUGAGCGCUUCGCUCGCGAGCUGACCCACCGCCUUGUCCGCGCCGGCUCCAUCGCCUCGGUGCUCGCCUACCGGGGCCGGGCCGAGGAGCAGCGGGCACCGGAGCCGGAAGACGCGCUAGCGCAAGCAAUCCGGGCGGCGAAGGCGCGCCGGACGGACCAGGCGGACGAGGAAACCGCGCGAGAAAGCUUCGCGCGAGAGCUGGUCGGCGGUCUCCGCGGCACCGACUUGCUGCGCUCGCUGCUGCUCAAAGGGCCGCGCUUCGUGAAGCGACGGGAGCUGGCGGCCGUCCUGUUCCAGCUGCUGCAAAUGAGGCGCCGCAAUGGCGAAUACUUCCUGAACGAGGACCAAGUCAUGGACCUGCGAAACUCCUUCAACGAGAACGCAAACACUUAUUUAGCGACCCGGGUUCCGCAAAGGAUGUACGACCUCGCCACCCGUCCCGGUCAGUUCCAGCCCAACGGCCGGCAGAGCAAACCCUGCGCGCUCACCACGCACAUUCUGGAGUUCCUGCAACUGCCGCCCGAAGAGCUAGCGGAGUUCAUGCUCAUCAAGUGGACCUGGCCCACCAUCGAACGGGCUCUGAACAGGUCCGCGCUCUCAGACGACGACCGUCACGCGGUGCUGGUCAGGUUCUUGAAGACAGCCUGA